AUGGCUUUCAAACCUGGCAAAAAGGGUGGAAACCACAACAACAAUAACAAGGGCAACAACAACUAUGGCAACAAGGGAGGCAAAGAUAUCAAAACCCACAGCAACAACGACACUGAAGGUUUGAGUGAGGUCAAGAAGGCCUUCGCCUCGGUCGUCAAGGGUCCCUCAGCCAACGGCAGCAUCCCCAAGAACAUGCUCGGCUCCGUCAAAGCCAAGCCCGAAAAGGUGAAAUUGACCUUCAAGCCAUCGCCACAAUGGUACAACAACACCCUCCCCGAACUCGAGGACGACGGCAAGGAUCACCACAGGCUCGAGACCACUCUCGCCCAAAAGACCACCCAGGCCACCCGACUUCUGGAGGAGGAAAACACCAAAUACGACGAGAACCCUAGCUUGUCGUCAUCUGACAAGAACUUUGUCUCGACCAUCAUGGCCUCGGGUACCCUGAACGAUCGUGUCUCGGCUUUGACCUUGUUGGUUCAGGAGUCCCCACUUCACACCACCAAGAGUUUGGACAAGCUGAUGGCUAUGGCCGAGAAGAAGAGCAGGACCGAGGCCGUCAAGAGUAUCGAGAGUUUGAAGGAUCUUUUCAUCGGUGGUAUGCUCCCAAACCGCAAACUCAAGUACUUCCAGGAUCGCCCAUUGACCCACCCCGACGCCACCAACGAGCAUUUGAUCUUGUGGAUCUUCGAGGACUACUUGAAGAAGACCUUCUGGAAGUUCGUGCAGCUGCUCAAAAUCCUCUCUGACGAUCCUGUCGUCCACGUCCGUCACCGCAUGCUCGGUUUUAUUGCCGAGUUGAUGAGCUCCAAGCCCGAACAGGAGAACACCCUCUUGGAGAUGCUUGUCAACAAGAUGGGAGAUAACGAGAACAAGGUGUCAGCAAAGUCAUCGUACGAGAUUCAGCAGUUAUUGAGGGCACAUCCAGGAAUGACCAUGAUUGUGGUUCGUGAGAUCGAACGUUUGUUGAUGCGUCCCCGCAUCUCUGAGCGCGCCCAGUACUACGCCGUCAUCACCCUCAAUCAGACCAUUCUCAGCGCCCGCCAGGUCGAUGUUGCCAACAAGUUGAUCGACCUCUACUUCAUUUUCUUCAAGCGCAUGUUGGGCGAUCAGGAGUCACAGGUUAAAAAGACCAAGAGCUUCUUGAAGGAGAACAGGAACAAGGUCGACAAGAAGCGCAAGAAGGAUGCUGGCAAGACCAAGGGAGUUCAGAGGACGGCCGGCGAAGUUCUGGACCUUCAGGAUUCCGAGCACUCCAAAAUGAUUGCUGCCGUUCUUACUGGAGUCAACCGUGCCUUCCCCUUCGCCAAAGUCGACGACCAGGUCUUUGCCGCCCACAUGGACAUUAUUUUCCGCAUUACCCACACUGGAACCUUCAACACCUCGAUCCAGGCCCUGCGCUUGAUUUUCCGCGUCUCGACCAUCCAAAAGAACACAUCGGACCGAUUCUACAGGACAUUGUACGAGUCGCUUUUCGACCCUCGCUUGAUUCUCACCUCCAAGCAGUCGAUCUACCUCAACCUCAUCUACGACGCUAUGCUGGCCGAUCAGUCCCUCCCCAGAAUCAAGGCGUUCGUCAAGCGUCUCGUCCAGGCGUGCGCACACCACCAACCUCCAUUUAUCUGCGGAGCCUUCUACUUGGUCUCCAAGCUGAUGACCUCCAAGACCGGACUGUCCGACAUGGUCAGCCAGCCCGAGGACAAUGAGGAGGAGGAGAGCUUCAAGGACGCGCCCGAGGAUGACGAGAAUGAGGACAAGGAGGAGAAGAAGGAUGAGAAGAAGGAUGAGAAGAAGGAGGAUGCCAAGAAGCCCGAGGGAGCCUUGAAGUAUGAUGGCAGGAAGCGUGAGCCCCUUUACAGCAAUGCCGACAAGACAUGUCUCUGGGAAAUGGCCCCAUUCUUGUCUCAUUUCCAUCCUACAGUGUCCCUGUACGCUGCGCAUAUUCUGUCAAAUCAACCUAUUGAAGGCAAGCCCGAGUUCUUCCAGCACGCCUUGAUCCACUUCCUCAACCGUAUGGUCUACAAGAACCCCAAGAAGCAGCGCGAUGAUGUCAACACUGCCUUGGGUACCAAGGGUUCGUCUAUCAUGCAGCCUAUGGCCGCUCACCGGGGCACCAGCAUCAUGCUUAAGAAGUCCGGAGGAAAUGAUGUCAAUGUCAACACCGAGGCCUUCUGGCAAAAGAAGAUCGAGGACGUCCCAGUCGACCAGGCCUUCUUCCACAAGUACUUUACCCAGAAGAAGAUCCUUAAGCCCGUCGCUGGCAAGAAGGGUGCCAAGUCUGCAGGAUCGGACGACGACGAGAACGACUUUGGUGGUGCCAAGAAGCGGGGAGUUGAUGCAGAUGAUGAUGGCGAGGAUGGUUCGGAUCUGGAUGAGGACGAAGUCUGGAACGCAAUGAUGGGUGAUAUGCCCAAGGAUGCCUUGGAGGAUGUUGACGACGAUGAUGAGGAUCUGAGCGACGGCGAGUUGGAGGAACUUAUGUUGAGCGAUCUCGAGGAUGAGGAAGGUGCUGGUGACGAUGAGGAUGAGGAUGAUGAGGAUGAGGAUGAGAUUGACAAGGAGUCAUUUGGCAAGGAUGAGUCUAACUGGAAGGACGAUGACGGCGAUGAUGAGGAAGCUAAUAUGUUUAUGGACGAGAUGGACGAUAUGGUUGCCAGUGACGAAGAGGCAGCAGCCGAGGAAUCGGAUCAGGAAGAAAAGGGACGCGACAAGAAGCGCAGAAAGAAGGUUGCUCUGCCCAUGUUCGCCUCGAUGGAGGACUAUGCCCACCUUAUCGACCAGGAGGACAGCGAGUAG